AUGAGCACCGGCCCAAAUCAUGGUGCCUUAGGCGUCAGUGGUGAAAACCCGAGGUCUGCUGUGUCACUCGCUGGACAUGUCCAGCAAGUUUUCAGACAUGUGAAGGUAGAAAACCUGGUUGCAGGACUAAGCGGAGGAGUUGUUUCAACGCUGGUUCUGCAUCCUCUUGACCUGGUCAAAAUCAGGUUUGCAGUGAGUGAUGGUUUGGAAUUGAGACCCAAGUACAAUGGUAUACUGCAUUGUAUGAAAAGUGUGUGGCACCAGGAGGGACUUAGGGGACUCUAUCAAGGAGUCACCCCCAACGUGUGGGGUGCUGGAGCCUCUUGGGGUCUCUACUUUUUUUUCUACAAUGCAAUCAAAGCUUAUGUAAAGGAAGGCCGCCAGGCAGAACUGAGUGCUACGGAACAUCUGGUGUCCGCAGCCCAAGCAGGGAUUUUGACACUCACCAUAACUAACCCCAUUUGGGUUACCAAGACCAGGCUUGUACUCCAGUACAGUUCAGACCCAACAAAUAAGCAAUACAAGGGGAUGCUUGAUGCCUUGCUCAAGAUCUAUCGCACGGAGGGAGUGGCAGGCCUGUACAAGGGUUACGUUCCUGGUCUAUUUGGAACGUCUCAUGGUGCGCUGCAGUUCAUGGCCUACGAGGAGCUCAAGAGAGACUACAAUAAAUACAAGAAAGUUCCUUCUGAUGCAAAGCUGAAUCCACUGGAAUACAUAACGAUGGCGGCACUAUCCAAAAUAUUUGCCGUGGCUACAACAUACCCAUAUCAAGUGGUUCGAGCUCGACUCCAAGACCAGCACAAUAGAUAUAACGGUGUUAUCGAUGUCAUCAAACGGACUUGGAGGAAUGAAGGCGCCACUGGGUUCUACAAAGGCAUCGUCCCCAACUUGAUUCGUGUCACUCCAGCAUGCUGCAUUACAUUUGUGGUUUACGAAAAUGUCUCCCGCUUCCUCCUUGGCCCAAGUUAA